GACAAAGGGCGGGCGCGCGCACGUCUUUACGCACGCUUCGGCCAGCGGCGGCGGCCAAGGGCGGGAGGGAUCGUCCACGGAGAGAUUGGCAGCUCCGGAGGCUCGCGGUCGCUUUGGCAGCAUGUAAGCAACUUCUUGCCAAGAACCCAGGUCACCGCUGAGAAGGGGGCCUUAGGGAGAAGACCGUCCAGAGGAAACCAAUGCCAGACACGUCUGGAGUUAACGCUCAGCGCAGGCAGCAUGAGACAUUCUGUGCCAGCCCCUGGGUCCUGCUGGCAAAGACUGUAGCUCUCCAGGUUGGAGGGUCCUGGAAGCAGCAUGCACCAGGAACCUCUCUAGAGGACAAAUGGGGCCAGAUGUGAACUCUCUACAAUGAACACAGUUUUCAGCUUAUGAAGGAGUUUUAAGUAAAACAGUUAUUUAAUUUCCACAUAUUCAAGUUCAGUAGCCUUCUGUGUGAAGGCCAGCAGUCACCCCCCCUCCACAGAAGUUAUCAGGAUUGUUCUGGCACCAAGUUGAACUCUUCUUGGUACUUCUGGCAAUGACAGAUCUUCAGAACAGAUUUAUCUACUAAAUGCUCUUGAGCAGGAAAGAAAGAGUAAAACUUCUAGAAGGAGCGGAAGGGUAACAGAGCAGAGAUCCCUCCCUCACUACUCACUUUCACAGAAACUCUGCCUGGAUUCGGAUGCUUGUACUGAAGAUUGGUCCCGCCACAUUCACCUCCAAAGUCCAUCGGUUCUGGGGAGAGCUGGCGUUUUUGGGCUGCCCCCUGUGGCCCUUUUUACUGUCCUUCUGCCCCCAGGCAGUCGAAUGAUGUGAACUUGGAACGGGGUUUGCUAUCCUUUGGGGACUCGCUUUCUUUCCCAGGCCGGUGCUAACUGACAGGACCAUCUGAAGACGGUGGUUUGUUCUUGGGGUGGAGGGCACUGGCCUUGCCUGGAUCUUCCACCAUGUUCCUGUUGCUGCCUUUUGAUAGCCUGAUUGUCAACCUUCUGGGCAUCUCCCUGACUGUCCUCUUCACCCUCCUUCUUGUUUUCAUCAUAGUCCCUGCCAUUUUUGGAGUCUCCUUUGGCAUCCGAAAGCUCUACAUGAAAACUUUGUUAAAAAUCUUUGCGUGGGCCACCUUGAGGAUGGAGAGAGGCGCCAAGGAGAAAAACCACCAACUUUACAAGCCCUAUACCAAUGGAAUCAUUGCAAAAGAUCCCACUUCACUAGAAGAAGAGAUCAAAGAAAUUCGUCGAAGUGGUAGUAGUAGGGCUCUGGAUAAUACUCCAGAGUUUGAGCUCUCUGACAUUUUCUACUUUUGCCGGAAAGGAAUGGAGACCAUUAUGGAUGAUGAGGUGACAAAGAGAUUCUCAGCAGAGGAAUUGGAGUCCUGGAACCUGCUGAGUAGAACCAACUAUAACUUCCAGUACAUCAGCCUUCGGCUCACCGUCUUAUGGGGGUUAGGAGUGCUGAUUCGCUAUUGCUUCCUUCUGCCACUCAGGAUAGCUCUUGCUUUUACUGGGAUUAGCCUUCUGGUGGUAGGCACGACCGUGGUGGGAUACCUGCCAAACGGGAGGUGAGUGGUUUGCGAGAGUCC